AUGGCGGCUGCCGCACUUCAAACUUGCCAAAAUUUUGAACGCAUUUUAAAAAAAAGUUUUGGCCCGAAUGGACUUGACGUUAUGCUAAGAUCUUCUUCUGGGAAUAUUCUCAUUACAAACAGCGGCUCCAUGAUUUUAGAGUCGUUAACUAUGGCGAACCCGGCGGGAAGAAUGAUUGCAGAAGCGGCACGAAGUCUGUCCGGCAGAACCGGUUCUGGUGCAAGCUACUUCAUUAUAAUUCUUGCUGAAAUCUUCAGAGAAAUAGCUAAUAUAACAGGGAUAACAAAAGAAAAAACACUCAAAGAACUGAGCGCUAAGACUCAGAUCGAACUCUUCUCAUUUUCACAAGCGUUCAACAAGAUAGAAUCUGAACGUUUUGACGAUUUAUUUUUGCGUGCCUUUGAUAACCUUGAAGUUCGUGUAGAUUUGAGUGAAGACAAUUGUGAACUAGUACGAAAAAAACUAAAAGCGGUCAUUAACACAUGCCUUAAUGGAAAAUUUCCGAAACAACAAAGGGAUAACUUAGCUACGCUGUUGGCUGAUUUUUUGCAUCUCUCUUGCAGCGCUCACAGUCAAUUGUAUCAAUUUGUCUUGGAUUCUAUAGAUGCCUUCUCUGAAAUUUGCCUUGAGUGCAUUGGUGCACCACAAGAUUUUUCUCAUGUUGUCGAGGGCGUCAUGAUUCCUCAACAGAUGUCUACAAAAACUAAGGGAUUUGGCAUGCGCAACUUCCCCAAUGGCUUCAAAUUCAUUGCUUUGACGUUUGCACUAGAUGAGUGCACACCUGAGACUCCAACCACACUAAGAAUAACCAAAGGUAAUUUGUUUGAUACAACUUUAAACUGGAAGAGAACGAACACCUUGAAGAUUUUACAAUACCUGAAGAUGCAAGAAAUUCAGUUGAUCAUCACAAGCAAGGUCAUGUCCGAUAUGGUUAUUCAUUUGUGUAACCAACUCAAUAUUGCUGUUAUUCACUCCAUUCCUAUAGAAACCAUUAGUUAUAUUUGCAAUGUUUUAUCUAUACAGCCUUUGCAAGAUUUAAAUCUGGACAAGCCAACAUUACCAGAUAUUUUCCAGGGAAGUGCAAAGUCUUGUAGUCCAAAAAUUAUUGGAAACCAGAAAUACUCUCACCUAGUUCUUGGCGUCAGUGAAGUCUCAGCUCAUCAGAUAAUGUUAUGUGGACCAGCUGAGGGUCUAUGUAGACAGUAUUACCUUGCUUUAUUGGAUGCACUUAAGGCUAUUAAGAUGACUUUUAGUACAGAUAGGCGGGCAUUAUUGCUUUUACCAGGUUGUGGUUUAGUUGAAGUUGCCCUCGCUAGUGACUUGCAGCAUUUGUCCAAGAUGAUAACAAAUACAGAGCUGGCCCUAGCUUGCCAAAUACUUGGAAAGUCACUCCUACAAAUCCCUAGAACUCUGUAUCAAAAUUCCUUUGCAGGUAAGCAGGGGCUACAACAAUUUUUAACACAAUUGCAAAUAAUGGAAACUUCAUGGAGGAAUAGUAAUCUGUCUGAAGGCAUUGAUGGGAGAACAGGGCUGCCCAUCAACCCAUUCGUUCAUGAAAUUCUUGAGCCUUUGCUGGCAAAGAAAGAUACACUACAUUGUGUGUUCCAAUGUGUGACACAGGUCUUGAGGAUCAAUCAGGUACUUGGAGUCGCUUGUCGACCAAAGGAAACAGUAGAUGAAUCUGAUGACUAAUAUUGCCUUAUUGAUGAUAAUAUUUCCUAUUUUCCCAUUUUGGCUGGUUUUCUUGUGGGCAUAAAGUACAGAUGUAAAACUGUAUUUACUGUUCUAUGCAGUAUGUUACUACUACUCUCCUCUACAGACCCCUCCAGGUUUAAGAAAAUCCAAAACCUAAAUAAAAAUAUAGUUAAGGGAGCCCUCUGUAGUAAGCAAACAAGGUAUAUUAGGGGAAAGGUGAUAAUAAUCAUAACAGAAUAAAGGUUAGAUUUGAGAGUUCAAAUUAUUAUAGCAGCAAUCAUGCCAAUUUAAUACUGGCAGGCCGAUGGAAACCUUAACUGAAAUUUCCAAGACAUGUCAUUGCAUUUAGGAAGACUUGACUUAAGCUCCUUACUGAAAUAAUUUGUGCACAUUGCAAUGCAAGAAGGCGCACUGGACAGCUGAAUGGCUGAUCCCAGUAACAAAAAACUCUUUUCAAACCAGGAUGUAGAAGGCUCCAAGCUAGGUGCUUCUUUUGCUCUUUGGUUUUGACUGAAGCUUGGAGCCUCUUGUAUCCAGGGCAGCAUUAUUCCCAUCAUUUUUUAUGGAUAUAACUGGACUUUAUUAUUACUUAAUUUGACUCUUACAAAAAAUUUAAAGGUUAAGUUCCGCCUUGGCAGCUCGUAUUUGCACUCAUCCUCUAAUCACAAGAAAAUGUAUGACGGCAUCCCCAAUAAAAGCGAAGCAGGAAAAAAAUCCAAACGCCUGAAAAAAGAAAUAAUUUUGUUAGCCUAAAUCACAGGGAUUUGUUAAUGCUAUGUAGUUAAGGCCCAUUAAAACUGGAGAAAAUAA